CAAAAGGAAGGUGUUGCGAAAUGGAGGCCGCUUCUGGAGGGGGUGGCGGUAUCAGCUGUCGGCUGGAGUUUGCCGUCCAGAUGAGCUGCCAGAAUUGUGUGGAGGCAGUUCAGGCAGCUCUGCAAGAAGUACCAGGCAUCCAGGUGCUUGAUGUCAAUCUAGAUUCACAAAGUGUGCUACUCGAGACCAGUCUCCAAACUGAGAAAGUCCAUAGCCUUUUGGAAAGCACUGGACGCAAGGCUGUGCUAAAAGGAAUGGGGGGCACCACGCCACAACCAUUUGACAGCGCAGCGGUGGCUAUGAUAUCUGGCCCUGGAUCAGUGCAGGGUGUGGUGAGGUUCUUGCAGGUCUCCCAAAAGAAAUGCCUCAUUGAUGGCACUGUUGAUGGUCUGGAGCCCGGCCUGCAUGGCCUGCACGUUCACGAGUUCGGGGACAUCACUGGUUCCUGUGAGAGCUGUGGGGACCACUUCAACCCUGAUGGGGAAUGCCAUGGGGGUCCACAGGACCUGCACAGGCAUGCCGGGGAUCUUGGAAAUAUCUUGGCUGCUGCUGAUGGAAGGGCUUCUUUCCGAAUGGAAGACAACCGAUUGAAGGUUUAUGACAUCAUUGGGCGCUCCUUGGUGGUAGACGCAGGAGAGGAUGACCUGGGCCGUGGAAGCCAUCCAGACUCGAAAGUCACAGGCAAUUCAGGCAAGAGAAUGGCCUGUGGAAUCAUUGCCCGCACUGCUGGCCUCUUCCAGAACCCCAAGAAAAUAUGUACCUGCGAUGGAGUGACGCUGUGGGAUGAACGGAAGCGGCCCAUCGCCGGGCCAGGCAGGAAGGCUGCCAGCCAGCCAACCCCUCAUCUUUAGGUUAUCUGGCUCAGCCUGC